CUCUGAACCAUUGAAAUAAACCAAGAAAAUCCAUGGAGACUCCUUCCCAAGAUAUCAAGAACAAAGGGGAUGAUGCCCAAGAAAAACCAAAGCUGGAAAAUGAGGAGGGAGGAGAUGAAAAAGUGAAAGUAGUCGAAAACGCGACCCCAUCCCAGGAUAUCAAGAUCAUAGGAGACGAUGCACAAGAAAAACCAAAAGUGGAACAUGAAGAGGGAGGAGAUGGAAAAGAGACUCCAUCCGAAGAUAUCAAGAUCAUAGGGGAUGAUGCCCAAGAAAAACCGAAGGUGGAAAAUGAGGGAGGAGAUGAAAAAGUGAAAGUAGUCGAAAACGCGACCCCAUCCCAGGAUAUCAAGAUCAUAGGAGACGAUGCACAAGAAAAACCAAAAGUGGAACAUGAAAAGGGAGGAGCUGAAAAAGAGACUCCAUCCGAAGAUAUCAAGAUCAUAGGAGAUGAUGCACAAGAAAAAUCAAAAGUGGAACAUGAGGAGGAAAAACAUGGAAAAGAGAGAAUAACUAUAAGGCCACCAGGAAUUAUGAAGCCAGCAAGGACAUCAGCACCUCCAGGAAAACGUGGUCCUCCCGGUAUGCAGACAGGAUAAAAUACCAUAGCCUAAUAGAUAAAUACAAAGGUCAAAUAUGUUGACCUGAAAAUAUAUUUAUGGUAUAUUUGACUAAAUAAUGUAAUUUGGUUAUAGUACUUUGAAAAGUUUGUUAGAUUGUUAAGUUAAGUGGUGCUUGUACUCCACUUCCUUUCUUUUUGAAUAAUUUUCAACUACUAUUUUAAAAGGGUGGAGUUGUCACCUAAGAAAAUAAGAUGAAUCAAUCCGAUUGUGUUAGGUCACUUAAAUUCAAUUAUAUUUCAAACCUUUAUGUAUCGUCUGAUGACAAUGUAUCAUCGUUUCGUAUUGUAUUGCAUCGUAUCGUAUUGUAUCGUAUUGUAUUUUAUUGUAUUGUAUUGUAUUGAUAAAUACAAUAUUUAGAUAAUUAUGUCA